AAAGAUGGCCCAGAUUGGCAUAGGUCGCUAACCAGUAGCUUUAAGCGUCUUCAGUUGAUCAAUCUCAUUUCGCGGUGAAAAUUACUUUUCGAAAAAAAAAUCUCCAUACAACCAAUGUGACUAAUAAUAUACGAGUUCAAGUUAUAAGGCGUUUAUACCGUUUGCAGUUUAAGGUUAUACCAAUCCUGCCCUCAUUCAAUACAAUCCCUAUUUCUGGAAAGAUACGUUUUUUUCUCACAUUUCCUUAGACGUUCUCAGAAGUUAAGCUGUUCAGCUGCUUCGUUGUUUUACAUUUUAUAUCAUCUUUUCAUAACUAUUCUAUUUUUCGAAAACAUAAAAAUAGUAGAUUGCACCGGUAAAUGAAAAGAGUAAUCUAUCCCGGCGAUAAAAAUUGGUAACAGUCAGAAAUUCAUGAUGAAACACUUAAUGAAUACUGUGGUGUAUUGUUGUAUAUUUCCUUAUGAGGAGAUCACAACUCUCAUCAUAUAUUAGUAAAUGAAGUGUACAAUGCGACUGGUCGUUUUUUAGUUCCAGUAGUAACUAACAUACUUAGAAGUUCAGUUUGGGUAUUUAUUGAUGAAUAGAUUACGCACAGAUAUAACUGUUAAUCAAAUCUGUUCCAAGUAAUCUAAUGUCCCAUCCUUUAUAUUCAUUUCUAAUUUUCAGUAUUUAACUUAAGUAAAAACUGUUUACAUUAGUAACAAUGUCAGAUUCAGUCAAUUUACCGAAAGACAAUUUAUCAAGCCCGUUACAAAAUGGUCAAAUUCAUCCACCAAUAUCGAAUAGCAGUAAUAGUAUUCCAGUUAACCAACCCACUACACCAACAAUAACACCUACAUGUUUAACGACUAAUUUUAUUACUUCCCAUCAAAAUAUUUCACAAAAUUUAUCAAAUCCAUUAUCUACACAACAUGUGAAUUCAUCAUCAUUGCCUGUAACACUAACAACACAAUCAUUAACAACAACUAAUGGACAAAAUGAAAUAUAUUCUAAUCAAUCUGUACAAAAUCAAUUAAAAUUAGCUCAAGCUCAAGUGAAACGGUUAGAAAUGGAAAUUAAUCAAUUAAAACGUCAAGCUAUGCCAGUAAUGGGUAGUUCAAUGAAUGGAUUAGUUUAUACAACAAAUUAUACUAAUAUUGAACCGGGAAUAUCAAUGGAUACCGUUGAUAGUCCUGAUCUACGAUGUGGUAUUGCACGUUUGGAAUUAGAUGGUACUAAUGGCGGUGGAAGUGCCGGUGUCAAUAGUAAUGGAGAAUGGAUUAACGAAUUGAGUAUUAGUAAUAAACCUAGGCCAGUUGGUACUAUUCAUCCUUCAUUGGUACAAGGUAAUCAAAACAGACUAUUAUGGAUGGAUCGUGCAUCACAAGAUACUAUACGAUCAUUGCAUAUACGUUUAGGAAAUGUAUUAAAAGAAGCCUUAGAAAUUCAUAAUCGUUUAAGUUCUCUUCUAUCAAUUCCAUCUGUAGAGUAA